CAAUUAAGACUGUCACUGUCACCGAUUUCCGUCGAGUGUUGAGGUUGCAAAUUGAGAAUCGAUUUCGAUUAUCAACUGUAAAUCAAGCAAUUACUUGUUAUUCUUACAAGAUAUUCCUUAUAUUAAAAGCAAUACUGUCUUGUUCUAAGUAAAACGUUAUUCACAACUAUGUCUCAAAUAAAAACCAACAAAAAGUUCAAAUGGGCUUUGGACUUCAAUCAGAAGAACCGUACUGCGGCAACUGAGUUACCUUCGCCCCCAGGUUACAGUGCGUCUGCUAAUGCAAGUUACACAGAGUCGUCGAAGGAUACAGAUUCCAAUUUGUUGUUGAUUAAGAAGUUGUGGGAUGUGGCCCUGGGACCAUUGAAGCAGGUGCCAAUGAACUUGUUUAUCAUGUACAUGGCUGGAAACUCCAUCUCCAUCUUCCCGAUCAUGAUGGUAGGAAUGUUAAUUGUUCGCCCAGUAAAAGCAUUGUUUGCCACAUCUAGCACAUUCAAGAUGGUUGAAGGAACUCAAGCAACAGGACAGAAGUUUGUUUACUUCAUUGGUAACAUAGUAAACAUCCUAUUAGCUCUUUAUAAAUGUCAAAGCAUGGGACUAUUACCAACACAUUCAAGUGAUUGGUUAGCAUUUGAAGAGCCACAAACAAGAGUUGAGCACAUUGGAGGUGGGAUAUCACUAAUUUAAGUAACAAAGAAACCAGCAUUUAUUUAUUGCUAACUUUAUUCAGAUUAUCAUUGUAUAGACCACCUACUUAUUAUAUUUACAAUUACAAUAAAGUUAUUGAACGA